AUGCUUACCAAGUACGCCGUCCUUGCUGCCGCUGCCGCCGCCGCGGUCACCGCUGCCCCCGUUGUCGAGAAGCGUGCCGCUCCCGGCCAGGCCGACAUUGACACCGUCAUCCUGAACUACGCCCUCACCCUCGAGCACCUCGAGAACGCCUUCUACCGCGACACCCUCGCCACCUACGACGCUGGUGCUUUCCGCGCCGCUGGCUACCCCGACUGGGUGCGCCAGCGCUUCGUCGAGAUCGGCGGUCACGAGAAGGCUCACGUCGACUUCCUCUCCAAGGCUCUCGGCGACCAGGCCACCAAGGAGUGCACCUACAACUUCGGCAUCACCGACGUCAAGACCUUCGUUGCCACCUCCGCUCUCCUCGAGGGUAUCGGCAACUCGGCCUACCUCGGCGCUGCUCAGAACAUCACCAACGUUGCCUACCUCACCGCCGCCGGCUCCAUCCUUACGGUCGAGGCCCGUCACGCAUCUUGGGUUGCCUCCUCCGUCCAGCAGGGCGACGGUUUCCCCGCCGGCUUCGACACGCCGCUCAACUUCAACCAGACCUACUCGCUGGCUGCUCCCCUGAUCACCAGCUGCCCCGACAGCAACCCCGCCCUCCCCGUCAAGGCCUUCCCCGCCGCGACGAUCUCGGGUGACGUGUGCGGUGGCAAGCAGGUGACCAUCUCGGGUGACGGUGUUCAGUCGGGCCAGUUCGCUGCCUUCCUCACUGGCCUGAACGUCUACUACGCCCCCAUCGGCGACAACGGCAGCGUCACCGUCCCCUCGGAGGUCGCCUACGGCCGUGUCUACGUUGUCGUUACCAAGUCGGGUGACUCGGUCUCGGACGACAACACCGUUGCCGGCCCCGCCGUUGUCGACAUCCCUCUGUCGGCUGAGAAGGCCGAGCAGAUCUACUCGCAGCAGUAG